AUGGUGUACUUAGCUACUUUAAUUUUAACCCUUCUGCAUUUGUACGGAACGUCUGCAACUCCAUUACAAACUGUAAAUGGAACUAUUAGCAUUCAGAUUGGAACAACGGCAGGAUGUCCUGAUGCUGUCCGUUUCAUGACCCAAGUUGUGCCAACAUUUGCAAAAUAUAAGAAUUUUUUGAAUAUAGAAUUUGUUCCUUGGGGAAGAGCAAUAAGAAAUGCUGAUGGCAGUCUCACUUGUCAAUUUGGAGAACCCGGUUGUUGGGCUAAUCGAGUUCACAGGUGCGUUCUAAGUCUACUUUCAGGUAAUUAUGAAGCUAAGGUACAAUAUAUGUCGUGUGAAUUCACUGAACCCUUCCCUGCAUUUCGACAAAGAAGUUUGAGUUGUGCUCGAUCUGUUGGCGUGAAUUUAAUUGAUGUGGACUACUGCAUAUCAACAACUGGAGACGCACUAGAAGGCCGAGCUGAAGAAAUUUCAAGAGCAGCUGUAGCAACAAUAAAUUUUAUUCCUUUUGUUAUAUUUAAUAACAAUAUAGAUGUUAACCAACACAGACAAGCUUAUCAGAGAUUUGAUAGUACAAUUUGUUUCGCAUUGGCUGACGAUCCAAGUACAGGCAUUACUCAUUGUAGAUUAGAAGUA